CAUCAGUCAGCCUGUUCCCAGAGUUCCUCCAGUCCUAUCUCAGACACUCCUCCACUGCUGUCUUUGACCUGCUGGGGAGUAUGAAGCCAUCUGUCAAGACAAGGUGGGCAUGCUCCAGAGGCUGGUAUUGAGGGCAGCUCCAGGGCAACAGAAGUCCUCUAAGACUGCUGGUAUGAGAUGGCUUUUACAGCAGGAGAUGGUCACCUGGCGCCUCAUCACUUCUCUAUACAGAGACAGGAUCCAGUCAGAGCUGGAGGAUGACAUCAUCAUGGAUGUGGCUGCUCCUGGUGUUAGUGAGAAGGUGGUGAUGGAACAACUUUUCCAGAGAGAUGCUGUAGUACGCCAGAGUCAGUUGGUUGUGGAUUGGUUAGAGAGUAUCGCCAAAGAUGAAAUCGGGGACUUCUCCGACAACAUUGAAUACUACGCCAAGUCUGUCUACUGGGAGAAUACCCUUCAUGCUCUGAAACUGAGAAGAAACACUUCCAGCACAGGCUUCAAUGUUCCCCUGGUUACUGAGCUGGACCCUGACGCCCCCAUCAGACAGAGACGUCCCCUGGCAGACCUGGACAGAGAGGAUGAUGCCAGACUGCUGAAGUAUCUCUUCACCCUCCUCAGAGCGGGCAUGACUGACGAGGCCCAGAGGCUGUGUAAGCGCUGUGGCCAGGCAUGGAGAGCUGCUACUCUGGAGGGAUGGAAGCUGUACCACGACCCCAACAUCAACGGAGGCGGGGCAGAGCUGCUACCGGUGGAGGGGAACCCUCAGCGCUGUGUGUGGAAGGUCUGCUGCUGGAGGAUGGCUGAUACUGAACACUUCAGCAAAUAUGAGAGAGCCAUCUACGCUGUUCUGAGUGGGAACCUCAAACGGCUGCUCCCAGUGUGUGAGUCGUGGGAGGACAGUGUGUGGGCCUACUUCAGGGUCCUGGUAGACUCUCUUGUGGAACAGGAGGUCCGGUCCUCAGGGAUGGGCAGCGAGGAGCUGGAGGAGCUGCCACGAGAAUACCUGGAGGCCAAAAAGUCCUGGAAGAGACGAAAGAACACUACCAUUAUCCAGAAGUUAGUUAUCCUGGGUGACCUGGACGCCUCUAUCGGUGACACCGUGUUCUAUCGUGACACCGUGUUCUAUCGUGACACCGUGUUCUAUCGUGACAUCGUGUUCUACUGCAGUGUUCUAUCGUGA